GAUUGGCAGCCACCAUUUGCAUGUGAUGUUGAUAAACUUCAUUUUACCCCACGCAUCCAGAGGCUGAAUGAAUUGGAGGCGCAAACUCGUGUAAAAUUGAAUUUCUUGGACCAGAUUGCAAAAUAUUGGGAGUUACAGGGAAGUACUCUGAAAAUUCCACAUGUGGAGAGGAAGAUCUUGGAUUUGUUUCAGCUUAAUAAGUUGGUUGCAGAAGAAGGUGGCUUUGCAGUUGUUUGCAAGGAUAGAAAAUGGACAAAGAUUGCCACCAAGAUGGGUUUUGCUCCUGGUAAAGCCGUGGGCUCACAUAUUAGAGGGCAUUAUGAGCGAAUCCUCAAUCCCUACAACUUAUUCCUGUCUGGAGACAGUUUGAGGUGUCUGCAGAAGCCAAACCUGACCACAGACACAAAGGACAAGGAGUACAAGCCCCAUGAUAUCCCCCAGCGGCAGUCUGUGCAGCCCUUGGAAACAUGUCCCCCUGCCCGGCGAGCGAAACGCAUGAGAGCGGAGGCAAUGAAUAUUAAAAUAGAACCAGAAGAGACAACAGAAGCCAGAACUCAUAACCUGAGGCGUCGAAUGGGUUGUCCAACUCCAAAAUGUGAAAAUGAGAAAGAAAUGAAGACCAACGUUAAGCACGAAUCCAUCGAGAAGAAAGAGUAUAUUGUAGAAAGUGAGAAAGAAAAACCUAAGAGUCGAUCUAAAAAAACCACAAAUGCUGUGGACCUGUAUGUGUGCCUCUUAUGUGGCAGUGGCAAUGACGAAGACCGGCUUCUCCUAUGUGAUGGCUGUGAUGACAGUUACCAUACUUUUUGCUUGAUCCCACCUCUCCAUGAUGUUCCAAAAGGAGACUGGAGGUGUCCUAAGUGUUUGGCUCAGGAAUGUAGUAAGCCACAAGAAGCAUUCGGCUUUGAGCAAGCAGCCCGGGACUAUACGCUCCGUACUUUUGGGGAAAUGGCAGACGCUUUCAAAUCAGAUUACUUCAACAUGCCAGUCCACAUGGUUCCCACAGAACUGGUUGAGAAAGAAUUUUGGCGACUAGUAAGCACUAUUGAAGAGGAUGUCACUGUGGAAUAUGGAGCGGAUAUUGCCUCAAAGGAAUUUGGCAGUGGCUUCCCUGUCCGAGAUGGGAAAAUCAAGAUUUCACCUGAGGAAGAGGAAUAUCUGGACAGUGGCUGGAAUUUGAACAAUAUGCCAGUGAUGGAGCAGUCUGUUCUUGCUCACAUUACUGCUGACAUAUGUGGCAUGAAACUUCCUUGGUUGUAUGUGGGAAUGUGCUUUUCUUCAUUUUGUUGGCAUAUUGAAGACCACUGGAGCUAUUCAAUUAACUACCUGCACUGGGGUGAGCCAAAAACCUGGUAUGGAGUCCCAGGGUAUGCUGCCGAACAGCUGGAAAACGUAAUGAAGAAACUCGCUCCGGAGCUCUUUGUGUCCCAGCCAGAUCUCCUCCAUCAGCUUGUGACCAUCAUGAACCCCAAUACCCUGAUGACUCAUGAAGUGCCUGUUUACCGAACUAAUCAGUGUGCUGGAGAGUUUGUGAUUACAUUUCCAAGAGCCUACCACAGUGGUUUUAACCAAGGUUUUAAUUUUGCUGAAGCCGUUAACUUCUGUACUGUUGAUUGGCUGCCUCUGGGCCGACAGUGUGUGGAGCAUUAUCGAUUACUACAUCGCUAUUGUGUAUUUUCCCAUGAUGAGAUGAUAUGCAAGAUGGCUUCCAAGGCUGAUGUACUAGAUGUCGUGGUAGCUUCAACUGUUCAGAAAGACAUGGCCAUUAUGAUUGAGGAUGAGAAAGCGCUGAGAGAAACUGUGCGUAAAUUGGGAGUAAUUGACUCGGAAAGAAUGGACUUUGAGCUGUUGCCAGAUGAUGAGCGUCAGUGCAUAAAAUGCAAAACGACAUGCUUCAUGUCUGCCAUCUCCUGUUCUUGUAAACCUGGCCUUCUCGUUUGCCUACAUCAUGUAAAAGAACUGUGUUCUUGUUCUCCUUACAAAUAUAAAUUGCGGUAUAGGUACACUCUAGAUGAUCUCUACCCCAUGAUGAAUGCCUUGAAGCUUAGAGCAGAAUCUUACAAUGAAUGGGCUUUGAAUGUGAAUGAAGCUUUGGAGGCGAAGAUUAAUAAGAAGAAAAGCCUUGUGAGCUUUAAGGCUUUAAUUGAAGAGUCUGAAAUGAAGAAGUUCCCAGACAAUGACCUUCUGCGGCACCUUCGCUUGGUCACACAGGACGCCGAGAAGUGUGCCUCUGUCGCACAGCAGUUGCUGAAUGGCAAAAGGCAAACUAGAUACCGAUCUGGCGGAGGGAAAUCCCAAAAUCAGUUGACAGUGACCGAGCUCCGACAGUUUGUGACACAGCUGUAUGCUCUUCCGUGUGUCCUCAGCCAGACACCGUUACUAAAGGAUCUUUUGAAUCGUGUAGAAGACUUCCAACAUCACAGCCAGAAAUUGCUGUCUGAGGAAAUGCCCAGUGCCGCUGAGCUGCAAGACUUGCUGGACGUCAGCUUUGAAUUUGACGUUGAACUUCCACAGCUUGCUGAGAUCCGUAUCCGUCUGGAGCAGGCCCGCUGGCUAGAAGAGGUGCAGCAAGCGUGCCUCGACCCCAGCUCCCUUACUUUAGAUGAUAUGAGGCGUCUCAUAGACCUUGGGGUCGGCCUGGCCCCGUACUCAGCAGUAGAGAAGGCCAUGGCCCGGCUUCAGGAGCUGCUCACAGUGUCGGAGCACUGGGAUGACAAAGCCAAGAGUCUCCUCAAGGCCAGACCUCGGCAUUCAUUGAAUAGCCUUGCUACUGCAGUAAAGGAGAUUGAAGAGAUCCCUGCAUACUUGCCCAGCGGUGCUGCUCUGAAAGACUCAGUACAGAAAGCCAGAGACUGGCUUCAGGAUGUAGAGGCCCUGCAGGUUGGAGGACGUGUGCCAGUGUUAGACACACUAAUAGAACUUGUUACCCGAGGUCGAUCCAUCCCGGUACAUCUGAAUUCUUUGCCAAGACUGGAGUUACUAGUAGCCGAGGUUCAGGCUUGGAAAGAAUGUGCUGCCACUACAUUCUUGACUGAGAAUUCUCCGUAUUCUCUCCUAGAGGUGCUGUGUCCUCGGUGUGAUAUUGGCCUUUUGGGUUUGAAGAGGAAACAGAGAAAGUUAAAGGAGCCCUUGCCAAGUGGAAAGAAGAAAAGCAGCAAACUGGAAAGUCUGAGUGACCUAGAGAGAGCUUUAACUGAAAGCAAAGAGACGGCUUCAGCUAUGGCAACACUUGGGGAAGCUCGCCUAAGGGAAAUGGAAGCCUUGCAGUCUCUUAGACUAGCCAAUGAGGGGAAAUUGCUGUCACCUGUUCAAGAUGUGGAGCUGAAAGUCUGCCUGUGUCAGAAGGCCCCAGCGGCCCCGAUGGUGCAGUGUGAACUCUGCAGGGAUGCUUUCCACACGAGCUGUGUGGCAGUACCCAGUAUUUCACAAGGCCCCCAGGUCUGGCUUUGUCCACAUUGUCGGAGGUCAGAGAAACCUCCAUUAGAGAAAAUUCUACCCCUGCUGGCCUCCCUACAGCGUAUCCGGGUUCGCCUUCCUGAGGGAGAUGCACUUCGGUAUAUGAUUGAAAGAACCGUGAACUGGCAGCACAGAGCCCAGCAACUGCUUUCAUCAGGGAAUCUCAAAUUUGUGCAAGAUCGAGUGGGCUCAGGACUGUUAUAUAGCAGAUGGCAAGUCUCAGCAGCACCGGUGACAGAGACAAACAAGGUAUCUCAGCCUCCUGGCACAACAUCCUUUUCCUUGCCUGAUGAUUGGGACAACAGAACCUCAUAUUUGCAUUCUCCCUUCUCUACUGGACGCAGCUGUAUCCCCCUGCACGGUCUUAGUGCAGAAGUGAAUGAAUUGUUGAUGGAAGCCCAGUUGCUCCAGGUAUCCCUUCCUGAAAUUCAGGAACUUUACCAGACUCUGCUUGCAAAGCCAAGUCCUGCUCAGCAAAUUGACCGAAGCUCACCAGUGAGAGCCAGCGGUGAGAAGAAUGACUGCUGCCGUGGGAAGCGAGACGGAAUCAACAAUCUUGAGAGAAAACUUAAGAGACGCCUGGAAAGAGAAGGCCUCUCCAGUGAGCGGUGGGAUCGCGUCAAAAAAAUGAGGACCCCCAAGAAGAAGAAAAUCAAACUGAGCCACCCCAAGGACAUGAACAAUUUCAAGUUAGAGAGAGAGCGUAGCUAUGAAUUAGUCCGUUCUGCCGAAACCCAUUCCCUGCCCUCAGAUACAUCCUAUUCUGAACAGGAGGACUCUGAGGAUGAAGAUGCCAUCUGUCCAGCUGUGAGCUGCCUGCAGCCAGAAGGAGAUGAGGUGGACUGGGUCCAGUGUGAUGGCAGCUGCAAUCAGUGGUUUCAUCAGGUCUGUGUUGGUGUUUCUCCUGAGAUGGCAGAGAAGGAAGACUACAUCUGUGUGCGCUGUACUGUGAAGGACGCACCAAGCCGAAAAUAAAACACAACACACAAACACAAACACACACACACACACACACACACACACACACACCACCCCCUACUUAAUGUAAUUCAGGACUCCAACCAAGAAGAUUCUUCAAUUUCUCAGCAAAGCUACAGGACUGGUAUUCAAACCAGCCUGUAAACGGUGCUAUUUCUACUCCUUUUGGGAUCACUUUUCCAGAACUCUUUGAAAAAAAGAAAAAACAACUAAAAAAUUUUUUGACACUUUUUGUAUUUUUUUCCUUAAGAGCUGUUUGUGGUCGUUGAGGUUCAAAAUGCUGACUGUUUUGCAGGGGUUUCCACCAAUUUGGAAGGUAUUGGGGCUUGCAUCUUUUCAUGUACAGCAUGAAAAUCUUACCUCUAUCUGGGAUUUACCGGCUUGCGAGUCCAACUCAGUUUCAGUGCCUAGCAGGGCACCAGAAAUUCCAGUAAAUCCUCAUUUGAGGACUUCCUCUCGUUUACUCUGUUACCAUAUUGGGGAACUUAAGUUUUUCACUUUGGGGGCUUUUGUUUGUUUCUUUAUCCACUUUUCUUUUUCCUGGUAGACUAGGUUUAUUUAUCUAAGCAAUAACUUCUAUGUUGGUUUCAGUGGCUGGAAUUAAAACAAAACAAAACAAACUUCCAAACGGUGUGUUGGUGCUUUAGCAUUUGGUUGAUGUACAGAACGCAAAUGUCUAGUUUCUAGUGUCACUGAUGAACUAGUGAUGUAGGAAAGAGACUGCUCUGUAAGUAACCGCCACGCUGUAUUUUGGCUUUCUCCCCCCGCCCCACCCCUUCCUUCCUCUCCUAUUUUUUGGUAGCUUGUAUCAAAUGUUGCAGUUUAUAUUGUGGAAUAAACCCUUGGUCCUAACAGAACACUAAACGCUGGUUAUUUAGAAGCCAUGAGACACCUGCUGCUUCUGCCCCCAGCCUGUGGCCCCGGAGAGCCACAGCCUUGUUCGCUUUCGCCUCUGCAAGCAGGCUACGGUGGCUGUGGACGGCAGCCGCAAGCACGCGGGGCGCUGGCAUCCUGCUCUGUUUGAUGGGCCAUAUGCCUUCAGUCUCCACAAAUACAGAGCCCCCACCCUCCAGUCUUCAAGGGAUAGAACCUGUCUUUAAAGCCAUGCUGUUUCUUUAAGAAGCUUGUUCAGAAUGCCGGCAAGUCACUCCAACCCUCAAAUCAAUCCUUUUUGUGGAAACGAGGUCCUUGUUAUAUUUAAACCGAUGGGGAAAUCAGGCGUAGGGCUACGACGGUAGAGGAACUCACCGUGGAGAGCCGAGAAAGUAUUGGGGGGGGGGGUGCACAGCAGGCGCUGCCUUCCGGGCCACCCGACGCUGGUGGUUAUUAGAGGUGGGCACCCCCAGCCUCUCUUCUCCACAGGACUCUCACCUGCAGCGGAGGGGACGUUCUGGUAAACAGAACAGAUUCUCGCUUGCUUGCUUUCUCUUACUCUGUUGCUAAUCUUUGUUUUCCCUACAUUCUAUAGCCAUAAACCCGAAGGUGGGUAGAACUAGUGGGUCUUUAAUAAAACAGCAACAAAAACAGCAGUUUGUGAUGUAGCAGAGAUUUAAAUGUACUAUCCCCUUUUAUGCUAUUAAAAUAAUUAAAUCUCUUGAAGAGUGACUCCUAAUUGUCUGCAGUUUUCCCACAGUUGUGAUAUUUUUUUGCUUGUCUGGUGGGGACUCGGGCCAGCAGAGAACACUAGUCUCCAGAGUACAAUCUAGAAUGUUGGUGGCUUGGCCUUUUUCAGUGUCCAGAUCCAUAGACCCUUCUUCCCCAUCGCCAUUGCAGACACCACUGUUCCAGCUCCCCUGAGACAGCAAGCUGAAAAGAAUAUGUUGUUGUUAAGGAUAAAAAAGCUUUUGCUUAUCUAGUGAAUUG